CCUCUUCAUGCUGCUCAUCUUCCUUCCAGAGGCUGGAGAGAUGGGCCCACGUUCCAUAGCAAUUUGGCUCUUUGAGAGGGCCUGCGGGAACAGAGCCUCGCGGAGUCUUGAGCAUUGCCGCUUCUACAGCUUCGGUAUUUCUGCUGCAGGCGGCUACAUGGACCCCAUCACGGAGAGCAUCAUUGCCCAGGGAGCCGGCGCCAAGGACCGCUUCCUGCCGCUGCGCCUGCCGCCGGGCCUCCCGCCGCCGGUCCUGCGGGUUGGAGGCCCGUGGGCAGAGCCCCCAGCCUCAGCCGCCACCGCGACAACGUCGCUGGCCUGGCCGCACGCGCCUCCCCCCUGGCCGCGCUUCGCAGGUGCGCUCGCGGACGGCGCGCGGCGCCCCUCCGCCGGGGCGUCUCGCGCCGCGGAGUGCUGCGCCGCCGCCGCGGGCGCGCGGCCCGUCGGGCGGCCCGAGGCGGCCGCGGCCUCGCUCGCGGCGCGGGCGGGCGGCGCGCCGGCGGCGCGCGGCCCGCCGCCGGGGCUGUUCCGGAGCGGCGUGUGCGCGGCGGCCGCGCUCAGGUGCCCGGGCGCGCCCGCGCCCGAGGCGCGCGCCGCCGCGCUGAGGGGGCCCGCGGCGGGAGCGGGCGCCCCUGCGCCCCGCGAGGGCGAGGGGCCCUGGGCGUGGCCGUGCCAGGAACAGCAGGGCAAGAACCUGUCCAGUUGCCUCCAGAUCGCGUCCGCCGAGGACCCGUCCUGCCUCCUGGUCAUCCCCCCCAGGGCUUGGGAGGCACUCCGAGCGGGCGCUGCUGGAGCACUUCUCUGGCUUCGGGCACGUCUCGCAGGUGACGGUCGUGCAGAACCGCCGCCAGAAACGCCCCGGUAACUUGGGCUUCGUCGUGAUGGGGACGCCGGAGUUGGCCAAGAUGGCACUCGCGGCUGGAGGAGAGCAGCAGGUCGGCGGCGUCACCGUCAGCGUGCAGGUCUUCGAGCACGGGCUGCACAGGCGCGCGGCAGCGGAGGCGGAGGCCGAGUCGGUCGCGGCUGCGUGAGGGGGAGCCGUCCGCCAGCCUCGCAGUAUGGAGCGGGAAGAGGAG